GCGGCCGCUGCUCUGCACUGAGGGACGUGACAGCCCUUGACGAGUCACAGCUGUGGCGAUUCCCUCCCUGCUGUCACCCCUUCCAGCCGCUCAGGUGCAGAGAACAUGUGGGCUCGUUACUGACACCACUACCGCUACAUGAGCCAGUGUGAACGGGGGCAAUCCAGAAGAGUCGUGGCCGGGAUGAGCGUGGAGAUGUUCUCCCGGGCAGCCUAUGUGGACCAGGAGGGCAGCAUGCCCUCCCCGCUCUCCAGCCGGGACGAUGAGCUAGGCUCAGACGGAGACUUUGUAGCCAACAGCCCCGCGCCGGUCCUGGGCACCAGAGACACGGAGGUGGACACGGACACGGGCAGCCUGGCUGGUGAGGAGGAGGAGGGCAGAGCCGGCUCCGAGAGAGAAGAGGAGGGCGCCGAGAUACCUGUGGGCUGCAGAACCCAACCACCGGAGGCUGGCAAAGCCAAGACCUACACCCGGCGCCCCAAGCCGCCCUACUCCUACAUCGCGCUCAUAGCCAUGGCCAUCAGGGACUCUGCCAGCGGCCGCCUCACCCUGGCCGAAAUCAAUGACUACCUGAUGAAGAAGUUCCCCUUCUUCCGAGGCCAGUACACCGGCUGGAGGAACUCUGUCCGCCACAACCUCUCCCUCAACGACUGCUUUGUCAAAGUGCUGAGAGACCCUUCACGACCAUGGGGCAAGGACAACUACUGGAUGCUGAACCCCAACAGUGAGUACACCUUUGCCGAUGGUGUGUUCAGGCGCAGAAGGAAGAGGCUCAACAGGGUCACCAAGUGCCUCAAAGAGCAGGAGCUGCAAGGGCUUUCUGAUCACCCCCUUAUGCCAUCACCUGCUGCCAUCCAGGGCUCAGUCCCUUCCUCCAGCAGACUGCUAAUGCCACCUUCAUCCCCAGCCUGCUCCUCUGCACAUCCUUCCAUCAGCACCAGCAGCUCCACCAAGGAGACCAGUCCAGGGACCAAGUUCUCCAGCUCCUUUGCAAUUGACAGCAUCCUGAGUAAACCAUUCCACAAGAGAGAGAAGAGAGAAGAAGACCCCAAAUCAUCCAGUGGAAGGAUCCUGUGGCCUACAGGUGCUUUUUUGCACUCUUCCCCUUCAGUCCCUUCCUAUCCUCUCCUGUCUUACCCUUCAUCAUCUUCCCUGCCUCAUUCACAUUCCCUCUUCCCACUCAACCCCCUAAGCAGCGCUGGAGCUUCCUUGCACUUACAGGCAUUCUAUAGGUAUUGCAUGCCUGAAGCUCUGCUACUCUUUGUGGAUCCCAGAAGUGAAGAACAGCAGCUGUCUGUUGACCCCAGGGAAGAUCACCCCCAGUCCAGACGUGUCCCUUCCCAGCACCCUCAACUCUUUCCACACCCCAGCUCUGCUAAGUCUUACUCAGAACACCUGACAAGUAAUGAGAUCUUGCGCACCAUGCGUCCUCCUGGAUCAUACCAACCAUACCAGCCUGAGACAUUGCUAGCAUGACAAUGAAGAGGGUGUGGGCCAGGGAAGGUAUGUUAGUUGUAGCAUCCACUGCGUCCAAUUAUAUUUAUCAGUAAAAGGCAUGAUUUCUUUGCAAAUAAUUUCUCGUGAAGGGGUUCCAUUAAUCGGGCUACCAUGUAAUGCAUCAAUACAUUUCUGUCUUUCUUGGGUCAUUCCGCCCAGUUUAGUGCCUUCAUGUUCUAUUACUGACAAGUGCCUAUAAUAACCACCCCAACUUCAGGGGAGACCAUUACCUUUUGACACUCUUUUGUACCAGACAUACGGCCCAUAGCCCUUAGUAAUGUGAUUGUAAGUCCUUUCAAUGACCUGGAUCUACAUCAAAGUCUAGAUCCAUUAUACUUGUAAUAGUGUGGCUGUGCCACCGAGUCUGCACUGGAAUAUGUAUUUUCUAAGAUGUCUAUAAGUGACCUUCAGACUGCACUUUUUAAGUCUAGAAUUAACUUUUAUAACUGUAUUUGUGGACAGGACACAAUAUUGUGUUAUCAAUGGCCCACGUUGUAAUGACAUUACCUUGACUGGGCCACCUCUCUGGCUGUCACCUGUCUGUAUUUCAAUCUAUGUGCCAUUUCUGAAAUGCCAAUUUGACUGUUGAGUGGCCUACAUGCAAUAUCUAUGAUCCUGAUUUUCGUUUAGCAUUAUGCCAAGCAGUGAUAAAUUUCCAGGUCAUUUCUACUGUAUAACCACCAUUGUGCCAAAUAUGUUGUUUCUUAAAUUAUUUAUAGUUAAUUCUGUGAUGACAGGUCACCACUAAUGAUCUGUGGUGGGCCAAUGAUGAAAUGGAUGGCUUAAAAAAAAAAACAAGACAAAAAAAAAAAAAAGCUCGAAUCGAGCCAACUUCUUCCAGGCGUACCAAUGCCGCUGCCAGCACUGCCACUUACUGAGCAGAGAUUGUGUUUUUAUAAUGAUGUUUUAUAUGUAUUUUAUUGAGACAUUCCUCUUAUUUUCAAAUAAAAUGAUGGAGAAAAAGCCGUU